CCCACCAACAACAACAACCUCUCGUUCCAUCAUUACCACCACACCACACCAUCCUCAUCCUCAUCAACCAGUCCUCAGCCCAGGGGGACCUUGCGGGCGCUGCAGGAUUUCAGUCCUUCACGGCGUAGUGUGUUACCAAUUGUUUUGUUGGUGACUAUGGUCCCAGCUGCUUUGAGAUCAUUGACAAGAUCCUCCCGUGUAGUUCUGGGCUGAUUCCUCACCGUUCUCAUGAUCAUUGCAACUCCACGAGGCGCCAUGCAGACCCCUGAGGCAGGCGCUGAAUCCGCCUCCACUGUCCACACCGCUGUGCCUGUGCAGCCUGCAGGCUCUGCCCAGCAGGUGUCCUCUCAGGCCCAGACUGUUCAACAGGUUCAGCAUGUAUACCCAGCACAACAGGUGCAGUACGUGGAGGAGAACAGUGGCGUCUAUACCAACGGGAACAUACGGACAUACUCGUACUCCGAGCCCCAGCUGUACAGCCAGAACAGUGGAGGGAGCUACUUUGACACGCAGGGCAGCUCAUCCCAGGUGUCCACGGUGGUGUCAUCCCAUGGCAUGGCCAACAAUGGAGGGGGGAACGGGGGGCUGACAAUGGGUCUGGCUGGGGGGCAGAUCAUCAGCAGCUCUGGGGCCUACCUCAUCGGUGGCAACACCAUGGAUAACUCUGCCCCCCACCCAGCAGCCCAGACCACCCGAGCCUCCCCGGCCACUAUUGAAAUGGCGAUUGAGACGCUCCAAAAGACUGAAGGUUUAUCCAGUCAGAGAAGCUCACUACUCAACAGCCAUCUGCAGUGGUUACUGGAUAACUAUGAGACAGCGGAGGGGGUGAGUCUGCCUCGCUCCACCCUCUACAACCACUACCUGCGCCACUGCCAGGAGCAGAAGUUGGACCCAGUCAACGCUGCCUCCUUUGGCAAACUCAUCCGCUCCAUCUUCAUGGGGCUCCGCACGCGUCGCCUGGGCACACGAGGGAACUCGAAGUACCACUACUAUGGGAUCCGGUUGAAGCCGGACUCUCCUCUCAACAGACUGCAGGAGGACAUGCAGUACAUGGCCCUCAGACAGCAGCCUGUCCAACAGAAACAGAGGUUUAAGCCGAUGCAGAAGGUUGAUGGUGUAUCUGGGGAGAACUUCUCAGGCGGAGGCCAGCACACCCCCAGUGCAGCAGAGCAGACUGUCAUCGCACAGAGCCAGCACCACCAGCAGUACCUGGACACAUCGCGGGCCCUGCCAGACUUUGUGGAGCUGGACCUGGGAGAGACCAACGUGGACAACGUCGGCCCAGACGACAUCAAAGCUCUCCAGUCACUCUACAGAGAGCACUGUGAGGCCAUUCUGGAUGUGGUGGUCAACCUCCAGUUCAGUCUAAUAGAAAAGCUGUGGCAGACUUUCUGGCGCUAUUCUCCUUCUGACUCAGUGGAGGGCGCCACCAUCACAGAAAACAGUGGUGUGAGUGAGAUUGAGGGCCGUCUGCCCUGCUGCAGACUGCUGGUGCUCUGUAGGAACGAGGCUGUGCUCAAGUGGAUGAGUUCCUGUGACCACCUGAUGUACCAGGCCCUAGUGGAGAUCCUCAUCCCUGAUGUCCUCAGACCCAUCCCCAGUGCCUUGACUCAAGCCAUCCGCAACUUUGCCAAAAGCCUGGAAGGCUGGCUCAACAAUGCCAUGAACACCAUUCCACAGAGAAUGAUCCAGACCAAGGUUGCCGCUGUUAGUGCCUUUGCUCAGACGCUGCGUCGCUACACUAGCCUGAACCACCUGGCCCAGGCAGCACGCGCCGUGCUGCAGAACACCUCCCAGAUCAAUCAGAUGCUCAGUGACCUCAACCGCGUCGACUUCGCCAACGUGCAGGAGCAGGCGUCGUGGGUGUGUCAGUGUGAGGAGGGUGUGGUUCAGAGGUUAGAGCAGGACUUCAAGGCCACCCUGCAGCAGCAGAGCUCUCUGGAGCAGUGGGCUGCCUGGCUGGACAACGUGGUCACCCAGGUCCUACAGCCCUUCGAGGACAGGCCCAGCUUUCCCAGGGCGGCACGACAGUUCCUGCUCAAGUGGUCUUUCUACAGCUCCAUGGUGAUUCGGGACCUGACCCUGCGCAGCGCGGCCAGUUUUGGCUCGUUCCACCUGAUCCGCCUGCUCUACGACGAGUACAUGUUCUACCUGGUGGAACACCGCGUCGCCCAGGCAACUGGCCAGACACCUAUCAGUGUCAUGGGAGAAUUCGAUGACCUCAACGCCAUGUCACCUGCUAACAUAGACAAAGACGAGGUGAGUGAGAUGGACAGUGACCUGGAGGAGGACAUGGAGGAGUCCGGGGAGCCGCUGGCUAAGCGGGAGAAGGCUGAGGUGGAACAUGAGCACCAGGUGAUCCAGGUGAUUCAGGUGGGGGCUCUGGAGGAUGGCAGUAACCCCGUGGUGGAGGUGCUCCAGCCGGGCAUCCUUCACUCCCUGCCCCAGCCCCCCCAGAACCAUGCUGAGCACAUCCUCGCCGCCACCACCACCAUCCGCCACUGCAGUGCCACUGGCAACACCUACGCCUCCGUCUGAGAGGGAGAUGACCCCCCCCCCCGGCAACCUCUCUUCUCUCUGUCUCUCGCUGUCACGCACGUCUGCACUGUCCCCUCUGUCGUACUCUGUGUUUUCUCUGCACUCGUCUAGACACACUCCUCCACCCUGACCAGUAAGGGAGUGUGAAAAACAUCACGACCACAGCUGGCGUCACACAAGCGGUGGAUGGAUGAGUAGAGCUAGACGGGAAUGUGGAUCUGCUGGGGAGAGUCAUGUGGACGGGCUGUCUCUGUCUGUCAUGUGGCUGUCCUCUGGGUCAGGGAGGGGGAUGUACAGGCGUGAGACACUGGCUGACCCUACUGUAGCUGUGUAGAAGGGAAGCUGUCCUUACUUAGAGAUUCACAUAUUUCCUGAUGUUUAAAAGCUCAAAUCCAAGCCACCAGCCCCAGAAGAACAACGGCAUUGAUUGACAGAUAACACUUGGUUCUCUCUUAGAUUGGCUUGUUUAGUAUAUAUCUAAACAACCACACAGGUGCUAUUCUCUUACACUACCAGAUGUUCAGACAGAAUUCAGUUGAAUGACAUAGUAUUUUUGUAAAGUCAUGACUCUUUUGAAGCAUUGUUGAGAUAUGACAUUUGGUGGAUUAUGAUUUGCUUAUUGCUUGUAAUGUGUUGUUUGGCAUCCUAUGAUUUAUUGAAUAGUGUAUAAUUGUAGUCAUGAUCCCCUGAUAAGCACUAAUGGCUUUUAGCCAUGAAGUUAGUUCUGCCCAUGAAGGAAGACAUUCUGUUAUUUAUGCUGUUACUGUGUAGAGACAGAGAGACGAGGUUAAACAGACAAGCUGUAGUACACCACCUCUACAACACUGGCUUUUCUACACAUUUCAUGCAUAGUGUGGGGUGUGCUUGACUUUUGGCCUUGGUUUGGUUGGUUUAGAUGCUCGAUAGUGUGACAAAAUGUCAUUAGUUGGACUUAUUAUCUACUGAUAUGUUCUCAGUACAGUAGGUGUGUUUUUUUGUAGGUUUCUUGGGUUCUGAAUGGACCAAAAACCAACCAACCACAGGAAACUGGCAGAGCGAAAGAGAGCCAUCAUGGCCGCCACAGUUACCACGGCGAGGGUGCUGCGUGUUCUGUUUCCUGUCCCAACAGUGCCGUGUUGCAGAGCAGAGUGAAUGUCAGGGAUUCUAUGUACCUCGGCUUCAUCGUAGUGCCUUAAUAACCCUUACUGCAGCUGUCCAUGUAGUCCUGACUGAUUGUGUGGUUGAGGGAAAGGAUAGCACACACACACACAGAGACACACACAGCUCCUCUGCGUUACUGUCCCAGCAACAACUUUGUGUCUCUGGUGACUUGUGGCUGGAUUUGGGCUGGCUCAUCAGUGUUACUGCAGGGCUGGAGAGAUGCAGGUUCAGAGGUGCUUGUUGAGUUCUCUGUGCUGGUUCUAUGAAAUGUUUUGUUUGUUUGUACCUGCUCUCACUCUUUCCACACUCGAGGCCUGCUCCUGCUUUGGCCUCUGCUAUUGGGUGAAGUGUGUGUGCAUGUGCAGAUGGGAGGACUUGAUUGAGAUGUUGAUUGUGUGUGUAUGAAUGAGUCUGAACAUGUGUUUGAGCACACCCACUAGUCACCCUACCUCACACCAGUGUUGCCAGCCCGUUGACACGUACAGCACAGUCACCAAACUUGUUCUGACAUACUAACCGUAUUACUCCUUCAACGCUGCACACUAACAUUAUACAUGCCUGUUACACCACACACAACUAAAUUACACAGUCAUUUCAGCCCCUUCAGUUCGUAGUCCACAACGUCAUCACCCCUAUCUCCCUUCUAAAGUGCAUAUUUGUAUAGUGGACCAAAAGUAGAUAUUUUCUGAUAUUUAAAGAAUAUAUAUAUAUAUAUAUAUAUAUGGAUAUGGAUAUAUAUAUAUGGAUAUAUAUAUAUGGAUAUAUAUAUAUGGAUAUAUAUAUAUGGAUGAUACACUGUAUUCAUUUUUGUUUGUUUUGUUUUCAUGUGGUUGAUCUGAUUGUCAUCUGUGAUUGUUUCUUUUGUAGCUCUUCUGUGAUUGGUUGAUUGACUGUGAAAUGGGUGGGGGCAUGGGGACCAGCUUCUCUGAUGACACUGGAUACACAUUUUGUACUUGAACUGUUAUUGAUCGCUUUUAGGAAAUGGAGAACACACAGGAACAUUGUGUUGAACUGGAAGAAUCUUGUUGUUGAUACUACUGAAGUUACCUUUCUGUUUUUUAACUCUCAUCUGGAGAACUGUCUGCACCAAUGCUUUGCCUCGACUUCAUUUAUUAGUAUUCAUAGUGCUUUUGUUUUACUAUUUGAGAAAUUAUUCUUAAGUUAUGCACAUGUAUCCAUGCGUAAACCAGUCUUGAAAAUGGAAUUAUAACUUCUGAGAAACAAAAUGUACCUGCAAAAGGACUGGAAUUAUGUUUUCAGUGGAAGUGGAUUUAUUUGAUAAACUACAUUUUCUUUACAGGUAUAUGAGAAAGAUAGAAUUAUAUUGCCUUUCAUUAGUUUUCGCGGAAGAUAAAGUGCGUUCACUUUAAACUGAAGGUCAUCGACCUUGCUUACAGGUAAUUGAAGGCCUUUGGGCAUUUGUUUACAUGCCAAACUCUGACCUCACAGAAAUGACAAGAUCUUUCUUAAUGACUGUACUGUCACCCAACAUGCCGUUAGAUAUGGCUCUUGGACUUUGACCUUUUUGUCAUGAAAAUACUGAAGAUGUUAAGAUUAAAUGUGUAUUCAUUUGUGCCUGGAGUGCAAACGGCUUACAGAUGUGCUUUAGAAUCUUGAAAGUGCUUUUUUUGGUCUUGCAUGCCUUUUUUGUGCUGCUAGAAUCUGUUGGUUUAUCUAUGUUUUUUAUAUGUGCCAGACAGUAAAUGCUGUAUUCGCUCUGUAACCUCAUCAAACCUGCCUGUUUUAACAUCAAUUGUGUUUUAUUCAUAGUUGACCAUUCACAAAAAGUCGUACAUUUAUAUUUGUUUAAGAUUGAAAAUAUUAGGGCCUUCCAUUUACAUUACAUUUACAUUUAAGUCAUUUAGCAGACGCUCUUAUCCAGAGCGACUUACAAAUUGGUGAAUUCACCUUCUGACAUCCUUCCCUUUUUGGUUCCUUGAUAAUUGAGCCCAUUUCCAACAGUAAAGGUUAGAUCCAGCAACUACAACAAAAAACUGAAAAGGACAAAAUCUUGACAUCCUGCAAAACAUAUCAGCUACUUUCAAACUAUGUCAGUUGGGAGGGGUGAGAAUACGGCAGCUUCACUGAUCCACGAGACCCAGUGCCUUUGAUUUUGCCCAGGCAGGAGGGCCUACGUCUCUGGUCUGACUCCAUGGUUCCAGAUACAGGCUCUUUCGACAGGCGUUUUAUGGUAGUGAGGUGAAAAUGGCUGCUCACAGUGAGAGGAGGAUAUGGGCCUGAGGGAUCGUACACUUCUACCCUUGAUCCUGAUCUCAUCCAAACUAUGAGUACUGGUCAACUGUUACUGACCAAUGACCACACAGAACAGUUUACAAUGGGUGGAGCUUGCUCCAGAUAUUUGCUGUUGGACUGUGCAUUAGGAGAGAACUACUAUUGUAUAGAUUUACUGUAUCACUAAACUAACAAAGAUUGGAGUAUAACUGGACUGGAAUAUUUGCCAAUAGCAACACUGUACUAUCACUUUCAUUGUUGUCGCAAUCAUUUCCUUUCGUUGUAUGAUAGUCACUGAUUGCUGUAUGUUUGCUUUAUUCAGUAUGAUUUGGAAUAUUUUCCUGUUCUAUUUUAAGUGCCAUUUGACAGUCUAGUGAGUUGUGGCCCGCUGUAGCACGCUCUAAUGCAAGCACACGCAUUUGGCAGUGGAUUUAUGGGGAAACCUUUUAGUUAACUCCCCAGAUGUAACCAAGAUGUAAAUAUAGACAAAAUGGGAAGAAAGGAUAUUUAUUUACUGUCUCCUUAAAUAUUUGUUUUGUUCUUUUUGGAUGUUUUAUUUCAGCCAAAAAAACAUUGAUUUCUCUUUUUCCUCGUUUUGGAUAAUGUAUUGUAUUCAUAUACAGGUAGCUGCCACGAUAAUGUUAACACUUCAGUAAAUGAGGGAUACAAAGUAUGUUAAAAAAAAGUAGGUGGUUCUGCAAAGGUGUGGUUCCUGAAUUAAUUAAAAUUAAGCAAUGAACAUCCCACCAUGCUUGGGGUCAUGUAUAAAAAUGCUGGGCAGGCCCUUGUUUUGGCUCGCAUGUCUGUGCCCCUAUCCACAGGGCAUGAGUGGUCACCUGAAUGGUUUUGAUGAGCAUGAAACAAUGUAAGCCAUAUGCCAUGGCUGUCUGUCACCAGAUCUCAACUCAAAUGAACACUUGUGGGAGAUUCUGGAGCUGUGCCUGGGACAGCAUUUUCCACCAUCAACAAAACACCAAAUGAUGGAAUUUCUCGUGGAAGGAUAGUGUUGCAUCACUCCGAUAGAGUUCCAGACACUUGUAGAAUCUACAGUGUUUUCAGAAAGUAUUCACACCCCUGAUUUUUUUCCAAAUGUUUUUGUGUUACAGCCUGAGUUUAAAAUUGAUUAAAUUGAGAUUGUCUUGACACUGGCCUACACACAAUACCCCCAUAAUGUUAGACAUUUUUACAAAUUAAUUUAAAAUGAAAAGCAAAUGUCUUGUCAAGUAUGGCAAGCCUAAAUAAGUUCGGGAGUAAUAAUGUGCUUAACAAGACUCACAAGAAUUUCCAACAAAGAUUCAGCCACAAAGGUUUUCCAAUUCCUCACAAAGAUGGGCACCUUUUGAAGUAAUUAACUCACCAUCAGGCCAAUGGUGACUUUAAAACAGUUUGAAAAUGUAUGGAUCAACAACAUUGUAGUUACUCCACAAUAUUGAAAGUGAAAAGAAGGAAGCCUGUACAGAUUAAAAAAUAAUGCUACAAGAAAUGUGGCAAAGCGAUGAACUUUUUGUCCUGAAUACAAUGUGUUAUGUUUGGGGCAAAUACAACACAUUACUGAGUACCACUCAUCUCAUUUUCAAGCAUAGUGGUGGCUGCAUCAUGUUAUGGGUAUGCUUGUAAUCAUUAAGGACUGUCGAGUUUUUCAGGAUAAAUAGGAACGGAAUGGAGCUAAGCAUAGGCGAAAUCCUAUCAUAUGUUUGUUGUGUAGUAAAUAUUUCAGCUUUUAUUUUUUUAAUUUUUUCCUGUUAAGCACAUUGUGUUGCAUUCCAUGUCUGAAAUGUGCUGUGUAUAAAUAAAGCUUGAUAUGAUUUGAUUAGAGGAAAACCUGGUUCAGUCUGCUUUCCCCCAGACACUGGGAGGUAAAUUCACAUUUCAGUAAGACAAUAAACCUAAACACAGGCCAAAACUUCACUGGAGUUGCUUACCAAGAAGACAGUGAAUGGCCGAGUUAGUGUUGACUUACAUCUAUGGCAAGAUCUGAAAAUGGUUGACGAGCAAUGAUCAACAACCAAUUUGACAGAGCUUGAAGACUUUUUUUAAAGCAUAAUGGGCAAAUGUUGCACAGUCCAGGUGUGCAAAGCUCUUAGAGACUUACCCAGAAAGACUCAUCUGUAAUCGCUGCCAAAGGUUUUCUGUGUUGACUCAGGGGUUGAAAACUUCUCUCAUCAAGAUAUGUUUUAUUUUUGUAAACAUUUUUUAUUUUUACAAAUGUUAGAUUUUUUCUUACGCUUUGACAGACUAUUUUGUGUAGAUUGUUAACAAAACAUGACAAAUCCAUUCUAAUUCCACUUUGUAACAACAUUGUAGAGAAAGCCAAGGGGUGUGAAUACUUUCUGAAGGCACUGUAUGCCAAGGUGUAUUGAAGCUGUUCUGGCUCGUGGUGGCCCAACGCCCUAUUAAGACACUAUGUUAAUGUUACCUGUAUAUACAUACUGUACAUCUCAAGUGACUUUCUUUUUGUGUGUUGUUUCAAGUUACCUCUUAGCUAGUAUAUUAUAUCUUCUUAAAUUGGCAAGAGCUAACCAAUAAGUGUAGGGUGAUUUGUAUUGUGUAUUUUACAUAAAAGAUGAGGAAAACUGGGAAACUUUUAUAUUUAUAAAGGCAUAUAUUAACAUUUAGUUUGUCGUAAUGAUGAAAAUAUAGGAACUAUUAAAGACACGUAGUUUGGUUUUCUGAAUAUUUCAGACUUGAGCUCAGGCUAGCUUAGUGUUGUUUUCUUAAAAUUUGUGGCUUGUCUUUUAAAUUAAUAAACUUUUUCUUGUUGA